UGAAUAUUUUUUUUUCAAUCGAAAUUCUGUUUCAGUUAGCAAAAUCGUACAAUGACAACGCGAGCAAUUAUUUUAUUUUGCAGUGUAUUUUUUGUAAUAUUAAAUUUGCAUCAAAUAUGUGCUUUUCAAGUGCCAGUAAAACGUUUAAGAAGCAGUGAAUUACAGAAAUUUCGAAUUCCUAGAGCAGCAAAGCUGCGAUCGUAUAUGAAUGAGUCGGUCGAUCCAUGUUUUGAUUUUUACGAAUUCGCAUGCGGUAAUUGGCCUAGUUUACGUCCAGCAUCUGAGGCAAUUCAAAGUACGUCACCGAUGAAGGAUUUAGAAGAUGCAGUCAAUAAAGACCUGCAAACAAUGCUUGAAGAAGUUGUUAAUCGAAAUGAUGGACAAGUUGGACGUAAAGUUAAAGAUUUCUAUACAUCAUGUAUGGAUAGUGAGAAUGCUUCGCGAACAGUCAAACAUGCAUUUAUGAAUUUUGCAAAAGUGAAUUCAGGAAUGCCAGCUAUUGAUGCUCGUUUUGAUGAACGCAGUUAUAAUUGGUUGAUACAAAUCAGUAAUCUGAGAAAGAAUUUCGGUAUGGAUAUUCUAAUUGGACUUAAUAUCAAACCAGACAUGCAAAACAGACAAGACAGUCGAAUUUACAUUUCUGAACCCUCAACUCUAAUUCCAAAGGGAAUUUGUAAGGAAGCUGACUUCAAAAACAGUCGUUAUGAAGAACUUCAAACAGAAAUAACAGACAAUAUGGCAUAUUGGUUCGAUAUGGAUAAAGGUGAUGGUUCAAAAUUCGCAACAGAUUUGUUAGACUUUGAGACGACAUUGUGUCGGGGUAUGUCUGAAGAAGUUGGUCCAGAUGUGUUUCCGAAUAUGACUAGAAUGACAUUGUCGGAAAUGAACAGUAAAUUUCCCACCAUUGACUUUCAAUACUUUGUGACAACAAGUUUGGGACAGCCAAUACCACAAACUGUCUAUUGGCAACAUGAACUUUAUUUCAUUCAUUUAUCCAAGAUUCUACGAUCAACGCCAAAACGAAUGACGGCAAACUACAUUAUGUAUCGAGCUUUAUUGGCCAUCAGUUUCCCAGAAGAGUCUGAUAAAGAUAUGCGAGCGAGUCUUUGUGUUGAAAAGUGUAUGAAACAUUUCUCAAAAGUUGUGGGGGAAAUGUAUAACAGAAAGAAUUUUAACACAGAAACAGUGGAAGAUAUCGAGCAGAUGUGGAGUAAGCUUAGAGAAUCUUUCAAAGCUGAUAUAAAUAGUCAAGAAUGGAUUGAAGAAACCACCCGGAGGCAAGCAGUUUACAAGAUUGUUGGAAUGCAACUUAGAUUUGCGAAUUAUAUGAAAGAUUUAUUGCACAACGAGUAUGGAUCUCUUAAAAUCGAUAGAGUACACUUUUGGGAGAAUAUUCUCAGUCUACUUGAAUUGGAUCAAAAGAACGAAGUUAAAAAACUCUACAACAAUGGCGGAUCAAAGGCUCCUGUUGGUAAAGAAGUUGAAGCGUUCAACAUUAAUGUUGGAUACAGUCCGAUGCAGAAUAUAAUUCGAAUGCCUUUAGGUUUACUUCAAGAUCCGAUUUACCAUCGAACUGCUCCAUAUUCCUACAAAUAUGGAGUUCUGGGAUUUUUCAUAGCUCGUGAACUAGUUCAUGGUUUCGAUGAGAUUGGUUGGAAUUUCGAUGAAACAACUGCUAUGCGUUUAUGGUGGGAUAUGAAUUCAACACUUUUAUACAAAGAGCGAGCUGCAUGUUUCCGAGAACAAUAUGUUGCUUAUGCUGGAGAAGGUUCAGGUCUAUCACCAAUCGAAUUAGAUGAUAAGAUUCGUGAAAUUAUAGCUGAUAAUGGAGCACUUAAUAUCUCGUUCAAUGCAUAUUUACAAUGGUUGCAAAAAACUGAUGAACCACAUGUUUUGUAUGAUGAAACUUUAUCCGAAGUGGAUUAUACCAAUACUCAAUUGUUUUUCAUAUCGUUUGCACAAAAUUUUUGUACUUCAACAUAUUCGAAAGAGGAACCGAUUGGGUUCUUUCCGUGGGAUGUUCCAAAUUAUUUGGAUAAAUUCCAAGUUAAUGGAUUGCUUUGGAAUAUGAGAGAGUUUUCGAGAGAAUUUAAUUGUCAACCUGGAACUGAAAUGAAUCCUGGUGAUAAGUGUAUUAUAUAUUAAAAGAAAAAAAUGUAGUUUUUAAAAAUAAUAAAUAUUUUAUUUUGUUUGUUAAAGCAUAUUU